AUGGGUGUUGUAUAUCCCUACGGGCAACUGAUCCGGUCAGCCCGGACAGGCGUUGCUCUUGUCCCUCGACGCACCCUGACCUAUUCCUUCCCUCGCCGUGCUCAGGAUGACGGUAGCAAUGGGCCUAACGACAAACCGGAGGAGCAAUCCAAACCGUCUGCCUUGUCUUCCAUCAAAAAUUUCUUCUUCGGCGGCAGGUCCGAGACCGCAAAGCCGAAAAUCACCCGCAGAGCAACAGCCCCUCCUAAGCGUGAGGGUUCAUUGAGUGCAGACUCGAUUUUCGCCGAAGACGAAGCAACGCCGAAGCUUAUUGCAUCUGGUCGGACACCAGCAGCACGCAAACAAGCCACCGAAGCGGCGGAAGGCGAGGAGGAAGCCAACCUCGAGGUGGAAAACCGAAACCGUGUCAACAUGGCGACCGUGCUCGAUCCUCGUCCGAAGGCAAGGAUGCGCUGGGAGCGCAAGAUGAUUGUUCGGGAAGUACGUCGUCGGGGGCGUCUAACGAAGACCGAGCAGAUCCUGCGGACGGAGCGCGAGUCACUGUCCAAGUCCCAUUGGUUCAAGACGUCCGUGAAGAAGCUGGGACCCCUCGCGCGUCAGAUCGCAGGAAAGAAUAUCGACGAGGCUAUGUUACAGAUGCGCUUCAGCAAGAAGAAGGUCGCCAAGGACGUUCUUGAACACCUCGAGCACGCGAAGAACGUUGCCAUUGUUCGGUCAGGUAUGGGUCUGAGCAACUCCACAGAACAGAAACCCAUCACCAUCACUCUCAAAUCUGGUGAGCGGAAAAAGAUCACCAACCCUACAUCAAUCUACAUUGCCCAGGCUUGGGUCAACCGAGGUCCAUACGGAGUCGACUACGACCAUCGCGCUCGAGGCGUGAUUAAUCGGCUGCGGCCCCCUUACACUUCCUUGACUGUCUUGCUCAAGGAAGAGAAUACCCGGAUCAGAGAGUGGCAGGAUCGUGAGGCUGAGGCACUGCGCAAGCGGAAAGCCCAACUCUGGACCCAGCUUCCGGACCGGAAGAUCACCGCCCAGAACCAGUACUAUAGCUGGUGA